AUGGAAGGCGCCGUAUCAGCCAUCGUCCACGGCCUCGUGGGCGUAUUUCUCAUCAUCGAGCUCGGCCUGACAGCCUACCUCGUAAGCCGGUUCAACGGCGACGUGUCGCGCUUCAACUUCAUGCUCUUCAACUCUCUCUGGACCCUCGUCGUCAUCCUCUAUACCGGCGUCGUCAAGCGCGCCUUCUCCCGCGUCUACCACGCCAUCGUUGGCGUCGCCUUGCUCGCCAUCACCGCCAUCUUCUGGUUCGCCGGCUCCAUCGCCAUCGCCGCCCGCAUCCCCAUCCGCUGCCACGGCUUCCACGACUGCCAGGUCGCCCAGGCCGCUACUGCCUUCGGUUUCUUCCUCUGGGCCAUCACCACUGGCCUCACUGUCAUCGAGGCGAUCGGCUCCCGCAGCAGCUCGCGCGUGUAA